AUGGUACCAGGUGCAUCCCGGUUGCUGUGAAAGGCUUCAGAUUCCAAAUUAACAGAAAUACCUCGAAGACUGAGGAGAGAAAUGGGCAUUUGGAGAAGACUCAACCACCCGAAUGUCAUGGAAUUCAUUGGCUAUGCUUUCGGCUUUGGUAUCUCGAUGGCUCUUGUUGCCCCUUGGGCUGUAAAUGGAACUUUGACCGAUUACCUGGAGAAAAAUUGGUCGAUCAUCACUAUUGCUGAUCAACUUAGUUUGUUAGACGACAUCGUCUCUGGUCUCACUUACCUACACUCUUAUCCUAAUAAUCCCGUGACCCACGGAGAUCUCACUGGGUCUAAUGUUCUUAUCCUCGGAGACAAGACUGCAUGCAUCGCCGAUUUUGGACUAUCGAGCAUGCUUGGCGACCUGCAGACCGGUUCGACGUACCUCGCAGCUACCGCUAUGUAUCCAGGCGCAGUACGAUGGACAGCUCCCGAGUUCCUCCUGUCAGAUGAUGUCCAGCCGACAACGCUCAGCGACAUCUAUUCCCUCGGCAGUAUCAUGCUCCAAGUCUUAUCAGGCAAAGUACCCUGGCACGAAAUUAGGCGGGAAGUGAUCAUCAUACAGGAGAUCCAACAAGGAAAUACACCUCGUUGUCCAUCUCACUGUCCCCUAGUCGGUGAACUAUGGCCAUUUAUCCGUGAGUGCUGGUCGUUAUCACCAGCCUCACGACCCACAGCUGGCACCGCUCUCAAAUUCAUUCGAGACAUCAGAAUUAAAUUACUCCCAUUCCCUGUAGGUGACCACGACGCACCAGGUUCUACUGUUGCACAGCCUGCAAGUAGUCCCGGUCCAUCAAAACGGCCACGCUUGAAAAUAAUUACGUAGGUGUUGGACUAUAAUAACGGAAUCUAUCGGUGCGAGAGGUGAUGGUGAUGGUGAUAAUGAUGCAGGCAUACUUUUUCACGGACAGGCAUCCAGGAUUUUGUUUAUUUUCGUAUUAACCACUGCCA